AUGGAUCCCGGCACAGUCAUUUCCGCGCUCGAGAUCACGAGCGCGAUAGUCAAGCGGCUCAUCGAGGCCGGGCAGACCAUGCACGACGCGCCCGAGGGUCUGACGCGGGUGAUCGACCAGACGGAGAGGCUCCGGUCGCUUCUGGACCGGCUGUUGAUUUUCCAGCGGGCGCUGCCGCGCGAGCAGCAGGCCGUGCUGGACAGGCAAGUGAGUUCGAGCGAGUGGAGGGAUCUGUUGAGGGAUUUGGAUGAUCUCACGGCGGGGAGGAAGGCUGGUGGCACCAGUGGCAAUGGCGGCAACAAGGUUGACGGAGCUGGAGGUGGUGGUGGUGGUGGUGGAGAGAAGAUGAAGCUCGCAGAUAGAUGGUGGUGGCUGAGGAAGAAGGACGUCGUGGAGGACAAGGUGAGGAAAUUGCAGGAACAGACGGAAUGGAUCUCGAAGCGGCUCGUCAAGUAA